AUGGCAUCUCUUCUUGUUGUUAGAGAUCUCCUUGAGAAGAGGAGUCAGGUCUCUAGCGAGACAGAUUUGUCAAUAAUAUCAAUCACCUGGGGCUUCACACUCGGAUUCGGCUUCUUGACGACAUGGACUGCCAUCAAGCAGACAAGACACAUGUGGAAGAGGCGCAACGGACACCUUAAUCAUCCUUAUAUCUGGAUGGUAUGGGCUGAGCUUGCAUCAAGUCUUGGACUGAGUAUCGUGUGUUGGCUUGUCUUACAAGGACCUCUUCCUCUCAAUAUUCUAUCCUUCUGGGUAGUACAGGUGCAUUGUCUAUUCCAAAUCAUCAUCAACCGUGUCUCAAUCUUGAUGAUCAAUCGGAGGCGAGCAAAACAACUCAAGAUCGCUACCACAGUCGGCAUCCUAUGUCUCAACAUCAGUGUCUUCUGUAUCUGGAUCCCUGCGAAACUACAAGUCAACGAGACGUACGAGAAGCUCAACGUUGUUUGGGACCGAAUUGAGAAGGUCAUCAUCCUCAUUGUCGAUGCUGGGCUUAACUACUACUUUAUCCGCGUGGUCAAGAAGCAACUUAUCAAACCUGGUCUUACCAAGUACAAGCCGCUUGUCAAGUUCAACAACUACAUGAUUUUGCUCUCGCUGGCGAUGGAUUGUUUGAUUAUUGGCAUGCUGUCCUUGAAGAACCCGUUGGUGUAUCUGAUGCUCAAGAUCGAGCUUUCAAUGGCCGAGCUCAUCGCCAUCGUUGCUCGAGGAAACCAAGAUAAUGGCCAAAUACGCUUCAACAACCCCGAGAGCUCAAACGGCACAAUCAGCGCCAAAGGCUACACCUUCAACACCCAGACCAGCCAAAGCAAACGAGCAUCCAUACAGAAAUCCUCCAUCACCCAANNCGACGUCGAGCUCGGCCACGUUAGACCGCAGACGCCAGAAAUGCACAGCCACUUCGGAAUUAUCGAAGAGGAAGAAUCUGUGCGCAACCACGAAUCCGAGGAUAUCGCUGAGGGCUUUGUGGUGCACAGACGUAACGAAAUCACAGUCGAAGUCGAGAGCGCNACCUCGGAGCGAUCUGAAAAGACUACCGACGGCCAAGGCGAGAACUUUGACUCGAGGAGACAUACCUCCGACAGUGAUGAGGCGCCCUUGCGCAAACCUACAAACAACAUGGGUCUCAACACAAAGGUCUGGGGCCGCUACUAG